UUUCUUUUGGUAUAAAAUUGAUAUACAAUCAUUGAAUGAUUAAUAAAGAAAGAAAGAUAUGACUCAAUGAGAAAUAAAGUGAAGAAUAGAGUAUACACACUACAAAUAAAUUGUGUUAAUUAUAAUUUUGUCAUGUGACAGCGAAAGUCUUUUGUACAGUCUUUUUUAGUCUUUUUGUAUCAUAACCUAUAAAAAUCACAAAUAUUGAAUACGUUCACAUGACGUGCAUCACAUAUUUUAUCUCUGAUAUUACUGUAGUAUUAAAAAUUUAGGAUUAACUGUAUAGAAUAAUUUUAAUUAUAAUAAAAAGUAAUAUAUAGAAGCAGCAAUUAAUAAAAAUGGCUUGUCGACGAGCCCUCAAUUUGUUGUUCAGGAGAAAUCGUCCAAUUCUGUUUGGAAUUGCCUCCUCCUUUAUUCAAUACGAUCCUUCCAAAAAACCGAACGCUAAUGAAAAAGUUUCUUUGGAACCACCAGACGUAAAAAAUUUGUCUUUCGAUUAUAUGAUCAAGCAAUCAGCAAUUGAAGCUGCAAAUAGCGCUUCAACAGUUUUAACUGUUACAUAUACAGCAAUAGAAGAAACUAGUAAAGAAUAUAGGAAUCUGUUAGUGAAUCUGAUUUGCCUCUUACAAGAAACUCAAAUGGUGAACGCAAGUGAUUAUCAUUGGGAUAGGAUUGUGACUACACGAUUGGAGAUGCAAAAAAAGAAGCAAGCCCUUACUCAACUCGUUGGGUACAUGGAAUACGUACAAAAAAUGGCUGUAGCAGCUUCGGAAAUCAGUUUUCUAUCUGGAAUGGAUAAUUUGUCUACUACCCUUUGCCAGAGGAUAGACGACGCAGUAAACAAUGUUCAAAAAGAAGUUACACAGAAUCAAAUUCUAGAAGAAGAAUAUACUAUUGUACAGGAACAGUGUAUCGUCAAAAGUAAACAAGAAGCCCCAGAAACUGAAAUCGAGACAUCAAUGAAAAGAGAUGAAUCUUCAGAAUCCGAAACACCUAUAGUUCAAGAAUUACUGUAAAAUAUAGCAAACCUACGAAACGAAAAUAAAAUACACGAAUAUUACU